AUGGCUGAAACUUCGAUUUGUUCUACUUCUAACUCUGACUAUGAUUCCGGAGAUGAGGAAAGAAUUGUUCUACAUGUUUAUGACGAUGAGUCCAAAGAAUUCACAUCCCUCACCACUUAUCAUGGAAUGGUCGAUCAGAAUCUACACUUCAGAAACAUGGCCUUCCAGAAUAUUCUGGGGAGUAGUCGUGGUUACAUGUGUGACGUUGUUUAUGAUACAGAUGAUUUGUUCUAUUCUAUAACUGAAAACGAUCUUACCUUGGAUAUUCCAACAAGGUUAUCACAUAAUUCAAGUGAAUCACUACUGAUAAAAAACAGCUUUUCCUGUGAAGAAGUAAUAGAUUCCAUAACCAUCGGUUUAGAUGAAACGGUAGAUUUUUGUUCAAACUCACGAACGCAAGUCACCGAUAUUGGAACAUGUAUCACCUUUGAGAAUUGGAAAAAUUAUGCGGCGACUACUAUGAAAGUGAGAUUGAAAAACUCAUUCAGAAAAACAUACACCGCACACAUUCACUCCGCAUAUCACGAAGUGUCGCGUCUCACUACGCAAGUAUGGUUGAAACCAGGAAUUCAUGCAAAAUUAUCAUUUAAUAUGGAAGAACAAAACUAUCUGCGUCAAAACGAUUGGGGUACAUGCAAAGUACAAAAUGGUGAAACUUAUAAUCAUAUCGGAUGUUUGAAGCAAUGUUAUGUGGAGGCGUAUAGAAACAGUUGUGGAUGUAACCCGUUUUUCGACCAGUCCAGGCGUACUCAUUGUACAAUCGAAGAGCUCCAAAGGUGCUCAAAAUUGCAAUGUUAUUCUCGCCACUAUAUUCUCCAACCGGUAUCUUCUUUACGUAGUACAAAAAAUCAAUCAACGGUUACAUUUCACUUGAACUCAAAACUUUUGAAAAGUCACCAUCAGUACAAAAGAUUCAAGCAAAUUGAUUUGAUGAGUUACAUCGGUGGUGUUAUGGGUUUAUUCCUGGGAAUGAGUUGUAUCACUCUACUUGAAGUGUUUAUUUACCUGUUCAAAACAAUAUUUGGAACAUUAAACAACACAAGGCACAAAGAAUUUGUGGAGAGGUUGCUAUCUGAUGACGAUGAUAGCAUUCACGGGUCUCAUGAAGAAAUUAUUAUUACUCAGAAAAUUGACAAACAAGGACCAAAACUGAAUAAUGAGCAACCGGAUGGCGGCGUGCAAGAGUUAGUGGUAGAUGCAGGACCACAGAGGAGGUUUUCAAUGAUUCCAAGUAUGAAUAGUCAACUUGGAAUGAAGGUAAAAACUUAA